UUUCCCAAGGCGGGCAGCGCCUACACCUACGCAUAUGUGGGCGUCGGCGAGCUAUGGGCCUUUGUUAUCGGUUGGAAUAUCAUACUGGAACACAUGCUGGGAGCCGCAGCGGUAGCGCGCUCAUGGUCCGGAUAUUUGGAUUCACUGUUAGGAAACGUCAUCUCCAACACAACCAUAGAACGAGUCGGUCGCAUUGAGAACUCGUCCUUUUUUGGUGACUACCCGGACGUGGUUGCAUUUCUGCUGAUUGUCGUUGUUGGCAUUUUCGUCGCCCUCGGCUCAAAAGUCUCAACAAACUUCAAUUCCGUCUUCACCAUUGUAAACAUGGGCAAUCUCAAUCGUCCUCCAGGCUACUAUGACAUCUUCUUAAUGGCCCUUUUAAAGCACGCCGAGCCAGUGCCU